AAGUACCAGGUGGGCGCCGCCAUCUUGACCGCGACGGUCUCCGCGCGGGGCCAAACCUCCUCUGGGGUGGUGAUCGCCUUUGCGGGAAAGGAAGGGGAAGGGCAGGGGAAAAGAAGCGGCAUGGUGGGAAGCGCGGGCGGGCAGAGCCCGUCGCCCAAAGAGGACGAGAAGGAAGACUUCGCUUUUGCAGAAAGGUUGCUGGAUACCGUCCUCGGUUCCCUGUAUGACUUCGGUGAGUCACCACCAGAGAAAUGCAAAAAGAAAAGGAACAAGAAAAGACACUCUCAACAGAUAACAGCAACAGUGGCCACCUCUGCUAUAUCACUUGCCAAUCCUGAACUUGGUACAUCUUUGGGCAAGAAUAAAAAUGUGUCCAACUUCUUUGACAAUCUGAAAGAUGAACUAGCAAGUGUUAAUCAGAAAAAAUGUGUCUCGGGUUCCAGUUCCCCUCAUCCAUUCCCAUUCAAAAGUGCCCAGGAAGAAAAGGCAACACAGGUUGAAGUUGUAACAUUCCUGGGUCGACACACAAAAAAGAAAGCUAAACUUGAAAUUCCUGGAAGUGAUGACUUAAAGGCAAAAAUGGAUGCUGAAGAACCAUGUAUGGACACCCAAGAAUUUCGCUUGGACAAAGCCCGCUUGGAAGUGCACCGGCUUGGAAUUACAGGAUUUACAAAGAAAGAACAGAGAGUAUUGGAGCAAGAACGUGCUGUCAGGUUGGGGGCCAAGCCUCUGAAAAAGGAAUAUGUGAACUACAAAAUUCUUCAAGAGCAAAUCAAAGGAAAACAAGCAGCAAAGAAGAGAGAAAAUAUGACGGAAAAUAAAUCUGAUUCUCUGAAGAGGAGAAAAAAGAAAGGGCAUGAAGAGAGAAAAUCCAAGAAGACAACAAAACCAAACAUAUUGCCAACAGGACGGGUAGGAAAAUUUAAAAAUGGAACUUUGAUUCUUCAACGUUGUGACAUAAAGAAGAUCAAAUCUUCCAAGUCGAGUAAAUGAACUUAUAUUGAACACAGAAUAGGACGAAGAAACUAGGUAACAAAAUAACU